UUUUUCUAAUAAUGAAUGUAUAGUGAAUGUGUAAAGAAACAAAUUGCACCUGUAGGUUUAACGUCCCCAAGUUUUGAAAUAUUGAGAUUCGUGCAAUUCACGAAUAAAAAAUGGCGGUCCUCAACAUUAGGAGUCCAACUUAAAGAAGGUGGAGAUAUCAUAGCUGUUUCUGCGGUUGAUUCCAGGAUUCCGAAUUCGUUAAAGAAAUUCCUCGAGGGUGGAGAUGACCUUGUGAAAAGUGCUAAAAGAAUCGUCGCCGAAGGACGUAGCAUAAUUCCGGCGGAAGACGUGAAUUUUUUGGCACCAAUUACGCGUUGGGACAAAUUAGCAUGCAUCGGUUUAAAUUAUAGCGGACAUUGCGAAGAACAGGGCGUAUCGCCACCGGAAAGUCCAGUAGUAUUCAGCAAAUUUCCUAGUAACAUUGUAGGACCAACCGAUAAUGUUAUUUUACCUUCAAUAUCAGAGAAGGUCGAUUGGGAAGCUGAACUUGCUAUAGUGAUUGGAAAGCGAUGUAAGACUAUCAGUGAUAAAGAAGCAGAGGAUUGCAUUUUUGGGUUCACAAUUGCUCAAGAUAUAACAGCUCGAGAUUGGCAGAAAUCGAAACGCAAUGGUGGACAAUUUCUACUUGGUAAAAGCAUGGACACAUUCUGUCCACUUGGACCUGCUGUUGUGACGAAGGAAUCAAUAUCCGAUAUUAAUAAUUUAACGGUGAAAACCUGGGUAAAUGGUAAUCUCAAGCAAAAUGGAAAUACCAGUGAACUUAUUUUCAAACCUCACGAAAUUGUUGCUUAUAUAUCCCAAUUUAUGACUUUGUUACCUGGAGAUGUAAUACUUACUGGUACUCCAGCAGGUGUAGGAUUCACGAGAAAGCCACCGGAGUUCUUGAAACGUGGAGACGUUUUGGAAACAGAAAUUGGUAAUCUUGGACGUUUGAGAAACAAAGUAUUGUGAUUGAUGAAAUGUAAUUAUUUGCGUCGAACGAAACAGAGAUGUCUUUUAAUUAGUAAAUGGAGAAACAUGUGCUUUCUCGAUUCAUUUACGUAUGUCAAACUCGAAUCGUAUCGAUGAUUUGUCACAGAUAGAUCAGAAAUGUUUACGGACAUGACAGAGAGCUGAACUUUAUGAAUAUAUGCGUAGCCAUGCUACUUAAGAAAAAUUGCAUCGAUAUACCUUUUUAGAAAGAAAAUAUUAAGUCGGGCAAACCAUGAAAUCCGUGCGGAACCCAUGCCUUUUAAAUGUAAUCAUUCAAUUUCGCUACUUUUAUAUACAUUAUGCAUUUUAUGUAUUUGUACACUAAACAUUAAAGAAAAACUGUUUCUACAGAA